ACCAAACGCAGCCUACUCCACACCAAACGCAGCCAAAAGGAAAGAAAGGGAAAGUGAGAGCAGUGAAGAAGAGCAAGCGAAGAAAUGGGCUCUUAUGCUCUUCCUCAUCCUCCCUUUCUUCUCUUCUCUCUCUCAGUUCUGCUCUCUUUCUUCUUAUCGUGCUCCAGUACCGUCACUACAUUUAAAGGCAUUGAUGUGGAAAAGCCAAAUAUUGAUGUCAUUCCAUCUCUUCUUGCUGGUUAUGCGUCGUCUUCUCGUGGUUCUAAUGAUGUUUUAUUGUGUGAACGCAUUCGAGUUGCUGGUCAAUCAAGAUUGAAACUUGGGAGUUAUGCUAGUGCAUAUCAAGUUACUCUGGUCCCAUCUGUAGUAAUUCCCGAGAGAUUACAUAACAAAAUUCAGAUUUGUUUUCACAAGAAUGCUUCACGUGGUUUAUGUCAAUGUGAAAAGGAUGAAUGGAAAGCUGUGCAGAAGGGGCAUUGGAGCUCUGUCGUGUCACCUUAUGGGGACAGAUACGUUGAUGUUAAGUUCGUUGGUGAAAUUUCUGGUCCUGUCACAUUGACAGUUGAAGAUGAGUUUCAAAGAUGGCGUUUACUUUGUCUUGCUUUUGGUUUUGUUUUAUUGCUGUUGGCACCAGUGGUCAACAGUUGGGUUCCUUUCUAUUAUAGCAGUUCAAUGGCUAUUGGAGUUUUGCUUGUCAUUAUAAUCCUUCUUUUUCAGGGGAUGAAAUUGUUACCAACCAGCAGGAAAAAUGUCUUCUACCUCACUUUAUAUGGAUCAGUGGUUGGAGCAGUAUCUUUUCUGUUACAUCAAUUUUCAACGUCUGUCAAUUCAAUUCUUGUCAAUUUUGGGCUGAGUGAAGAGAUGCACAACCCUGUGUUUGUAUUUGUACUACUUGGGAUUUUCCUUGCAGGAGCUGUUCAAGGAUAUUGGAUUGUGCGGAAAUUUGUUAUUUCAGAAGAUGGAAGUGUAGACGUUGGCAUAGCUCAAUUUGUGAAAUGGGCCAUGCGUGUCAUUGCAGCCACAUUUAUUUUCCAGAGUACUCUGGAUACUCGUCUAGCAAUGGGAGCAUUGGUUUCUUGUUUGGCAAUCUACUUGUUUAUCACUUUGUUCAAGUGGAAUGGUCCAAAAGACGGACUCAAAACAGAGACCAACAGCAAUAGAAAAAAAAGAAGAAGAAGAAGAAAAAAAAUCAGCGAGCAAUGACGGUGGAGGAGGAGAAGAGAAAAGAAAAGAAAAAUGUCCCCAGCAGCAGCAGCAACGAUGAAGAAACAACACAAAAAAGAAACACCCAUCAAUAGCGCGCACACAAAAAAAAAAAACCAACAGCAGCAAGGAAAAAAAAUGGAAAAUAGUUUAAAAAAUGGAAAAUAAUUUUUAUUUUGGUUCUUCUCUCAAAUGUGAGCAUUACUUUCAGAUGUCAUUUUCUACACAAUAGAUUUAAUAAAUGGAAAAUAAUUUUAGUGUAA